AUGAAACCUUCCAAAGAAAAAGAUGAAAUUGCUGCAGCUGAAGGUACUCUAGUAUGUCAUGGUGUUAAACGUGGACAUUCAUUUUUAUCUCAGCAAUGCUUGAUAAAUGUAUGUAAAACAAUAUUUACAUCUUCAACAGUCGCAAGUAAUUUAUCAUGUGCUCGAACCAAAGCAACAGCCAUUGCUGUAUAUGUAACAUUGAAACAUAUAAAACUGCGGUGGUUAAGUCUAUACUUAUCCAUCAAGCGUUUAGUGGAAGUAUUUAUCCCCGUAAAGAAAUAUUUCUUGGAACAAAAAAAUUAUCCAUUAGAAAUAAAACAACUUUUUGAACGUGAUGAAGUUCCAUGCAUUUUAAGUUUUUUGCAACAUAUAUUAUUUGAAAUUCAUAAGAAGAACCUCGAAUUACAACGCUAUUAUACAAUAGCUGUUGAUUUAUUUCGAAUAAUAACAUCCAUAAAAAAUAAACUUAAAGAACGUAUUGAUUCUCAAUUGUUUUGUGCAGCUUGUCGAUAUAGAUUGGCACGUUUACCAAUUGACAAACAAAAUAUGUUAAAAACAUCAUUUAUUGAAUUUUUAAGUACAAUUAUUUCGUACAUCGAUUCUUAUUUCGAUCAAAACAUAGUAUUUUAUCGAACAAUAAAUUAUUUUAGUUAUGAAAAUAUUGAAGCUUUAACAUGGAAUCAAGUUAUACAAUGUGUUGAUAUGUUAAAAAUAAAAGGCUCCAAUGAAGAUUGUUUAUUCGAUGAAUUUACAAACAUAAAAUCAAUGUUUAAAACUAUAUCAGAUCAAAGUAUUCCAAUUUUUCAUCAAGUUCAAGCAUUUGUUAAAAAACAAAAUGAUAUGACAGUAACAAACAUAUGUGAUGAAGUAACAGACAUUGAUGAUAAUUAUUCAACAGGGGUCAAGAUUAUAUCAGCUGAAUUAAAAGUACGUUUAAAUUCAACUUUAUCAUGUACUGAAUUAUAUAAAUAUAUAUUAAGUAGUGAAGAUUUAUUACGAGCUAUUAAAUCAGAUGAAAAGUAUCAAUUUAAAGGAAAAUCUGUUUGA